CUCAGGGGGAGGUGCGUUUCCCGGCUCCCGAUAGGUCGCCCCCGCGAGACAACGCUAACAACCACGCACCAUUUGUCAUUUCCGGAUAAGAUGGCUGCAGUGCGUGUGCUGAGGACCUGGAGUCAGACUGGUGGGCGGCUGAUUUGUGUUCGCUACUUUCAAACAUGUAUGAAUGUUCAUGUUUUGAAGCCAAAAUAUAUGUGUUUCUAUGGUUAUCCUUCAUUCAAGUACAGUCAUCCACAUCAGUUGCUGAAAACAACUGCUGCUCUGCAGGGACAGAUUGUUCAAUUCAAACUCUCAGACAUCGGAGAAGGGAUUAGAGAAGUAACUAUUAAAGAAUGGUAUGUAAAAGAAGGAGAUACUGUGUCUCAGUUUGAUAGCAUCUGUGAAGUUCAAAGUGAUAAAGCUUCUGUUACUAUCACUAGUCGUUAUGAUGGAGUCAUUAAAAAACUGUAUUAUAAUCUAGACGAUAUUGCCUAUGUGGGAAAGCCAUUAGUAGACAUAGAAACGGAAGCUUUAAAAGAUUCAGAAGAAGAUGUGGUUGAAACUCCCGCUGUGUCCCAUGAUGAGCACACACACCAAGAGAUAAAGGGCCAGAAAACACUGGCAACUCCUGCAGUUCGCCGCCUAGCAAUGGAAAAUAAUAUUAAGCUGAGUGAAGUUGUUGGCUCAGGAAAAGAUGGCAGAAUACUUAAAGAAGAUAUUCUUAACUAUUUGGAAAAGCAGACUGGAGCUAUAUUACCUCCUUCGCCAAAAGCUGAAAUAGUGGCACCUCCACCAAAACCAAAAGACAGAACUGUUCCUAUACCGAUAUCAAAACCUCCAAUAUUCACAGGCAAAGACAAAACAGAACCCAUAAAAGGCUUUCACAAGGCAAUGGUCAAGACCAUGUCUGCAGCCCUGAAGAUACCUCACUUUGGAUACUGUGAUGAAGUUGACCUUACUAAACUGGUUAAGUUAAGAGAAGAAUUAAAACCCAUUGCUUUUGCUCGUGGAAUUAAACUCACCUUUAUGCCCUUCUUCUUAAAGGCUGCUUCCUUGGGACUACUACAGUUUCCUAUCCUUAAUGCUUCUGUGGAUGAAAACUGCCAGAACAUAACUUACAAGGCUUCUCACAACAUAGGGAUAGCAAUGGAUACUGAGCAGGGGCUGAUUGUCCCUAAUGUGAAAAACGUCCAGAUCCACUCCAUAUUUGAGAUUGCCACUGAGUUGAACCGCCUCCAGAAACUGGGCUCUGCAGGUCAGCUCAGUACCACUGAUCUUAUAGGAGGAACAUUUACUCUUUCCAACAUUGGAUCAAUCGGUGGUACCUACGCCAAACCAGUGAUCCUGCCGCCCGAAGUAGCGAUUGGGGCUCUCGGGUCCAUUCAGGCCCUUCCCCGAUUUAACCAGGAAGGAGAAGUAUACAAAGCACAGAUAAUGAAUGUGAGCUGGUCAGCUGAUCACAGAAUUAUUGAUGGUGCUACAAUGUCACGCUUCUCCAAUUUGUGGAAAUCCUACUUAGAAAACCCAGCUUUUAUGCUACUAGAUCUGAAAUGAAGAUGGAUGGGAUGUCAUUGAACUUUUUGA